AUGGCGAUGGACUUUAUCGGCAAAAUUCUAUCCUUCAGCGUCAUUGUUGUAGCUGUUCAAGCUGCCUCUCUAGCCGAUUACUGCACAGUCGACUAUGCCUCAGGCGUACUCCCUGUCCAAGACCUUGGACUCGGUAUCACAAUUGAUCCAUCAUCGAUCUCAGCCGCUUUGACAACUAAUAAGUCAGUCAGUUCUCAAUGGUUCGGGGCAGCCGUGAUUGAUUACUGCAAUAUCACAUUCGCCUACUCCCAUGACGGGAUUGCUAACGAUAUUGUUCACGUGUCAUACCUUGUACCUUCUCCAGACAAGUUUGCCAACCGCUACGUCUCUACUGGAGGAGGAGGACUUGCUAUUAACUCUGGGGGCUCGUCUAGCCCUGUCGGAAUCAUAGUUGGCGCCGUUUCGGGGAUUACUGAUGGCGGAUUUGGUAACUUCAACACUCAGUAUGAUGACGUAUUCCUUCUAGCAAAAGGUACUAUCAAUUGGCAAGCUACAUACAUGUUUGGAUACCAGGCUCAUCAUGAACUUGCUACACUCGGAAAACAAUUCACUAGAAACUUCUUCAACACGUCCAACGACAAUAAAAUCUACUCGUAUUAUCAAGGCUGCUCCGAAGGUGGGAGAGAGGGUUGGAGUCAGAUUCAACGUUUCGCUGACCAAUUCGAUGGUCUUGUUACCGGCGCGCCUGCUUUUCGCUUCAGUCAUUUGCAGACGAAUCAUUUAUCUGGUGGAGUUAUCGGAGCGUCUAUUGGAUACUAUCCCCCCCCUUGUGAGCUGGAAAAGAUUGUAAACCUGACAAUCGCCACUUGUGAUAGCCUGGAUGGACGGGUUGAUGGUGUAAUCGCGAGAUCCGAUCUUUGCAAGCUAAAUUUCGAUUAUAACUCCACGAUAGGCGAGCCUUAUUAUUGCCCCGCUUCAACUGGUGGGUUUCCUGGUGGCCCACCAUCUUUACAUCGUCGCCAAUUUCCAGGAGCUGGACCUACUCCCGAGCAGAAUGGUACAAUUACUGCCAAGGGUGUGGCUGUUGCUUCCGCAUUCACAAACGGUCUCAUCGACUCCAAUGGGAAGCGUAUCUAUAUAAAUCCCCAACCCGGUUCGUCAUUUGCCGAUGCCACUCCACAGUACAACCAGGAUACGAAGACGUGGGAACCAAGUCUCGCGGGUUUAGGUGGUCAAUAUAUCACCAGAUAUCUCAAUCUGGAGGAUAAAGAUGUCCUCGACAGUUUAGAGAACGUGACUGCAGACACAUUAAGAGAUUGGAUGGCGCUGGGUAUGCAAAGGUACUAUGAUUCGCUUCAAACGACCUGGCCAGAUAUUACCUCUUUUAAGUCUGCUGGGAGCAAGGUUAUACAUGUUCAUGGAGAAGCCGAUUCCUCUAUCCCAGCAGCAUCUUCGGUUCAUUAUUACGACUCUGUUCGUAACACGAUGUAUGGUGGCCUCGGGUAUGAUGAAAGCAUUGCCGCCAUGGACGAAUUUUAUCGGCUGUAUCUCGUUCCUGGAGGUGCACAUUGUGGAAGUAACAGAGAUCAACCUAAUGGAGGUUGGCCUGCGACUACACUACAGUCGGUAAUCGAAUGGGCUGAAAAGGGGGUAGCCCCUGAUACCCUCCAGAACACAGGUGGCAUUGAUUCAUUGUGUAAAUGGCCACUUCGACCAUUAUGGUCUAACAACGGGACUUUGGACUGUGUGAUUGAUUCUGAAUCUAUACAGUCAUGGACUUAUACGUUUGAUGCCUUCAAAUUCCAGGUUUAUUAG